CGAUAGCUUCUUGGCCAGUUAUCGCCCUGCCUUUCUCAUCACUAAAAACAGCGGCAUUUUACUGUGUAAAUUAGAAUUUCUUAAUAAAAACUGUAAUAAGAACUGCUCACUAUGUCUUUUAUGAACCCCGUGGAUAUGGUGGAUGAGGACGCCGCCGACCUGCAGUUUCCCAAAGUUGAGCCACUGGGUCCACAGGUCAAGCAAUUCAUCCAUGCACAGCAGGAUGAACACACCAGGAACUCCAUGGUUUUGUAUAAUCCGCACACGUUGCACAGGUACUUGGAGGAGGUGGAGGAAGUGCCGCGGGACAAGAAUAGCAGUGUUCCAUCGGCUACAAAGGAUGCCAAUCGUUGUGCCACAUGUCGCUGCAGUCUCGCAGAGCCGUACAUAAAGUGCUCCGAGUGCCUUGACACCCUGCUGUGCCUGCAAUGUUUCUCACGUGGAAAGGAGGCAUUUUCCCAUCGCAAUAACCACGCCUACAUCAUAGUCCGCGACAGCAUACAGGUUUUCGCAGAGGAGCCACACUGGACGGCCCGGGACGAGCGCAUACUGCUGAAAACACUUCGCACCCACGGCUAUGGCAACUGGGAGGCGGUCUCCCAGGCUAUGGAUCAACGCCACGAACCCGGAGAAGUGCGACGUCACUACCACGAUUGCUACUUUGGCGGGAUAUUCGAGCGGCUCCUUAAUCUGCAGCAUGCUAGGCACAGCUAUCUGCCCGAGCGAAUGCCUUAUGUCUUCAAAAUGCGCAGCUUGGAUCCACCACGGCAUGACGAUAUCGCCUCCAUGCAGUUCAGACUAAGCGCAGGCUACCGCUGUGCAAGAGGAGACUUCGACACUCCGUACGACACCUCAGCAGAGAGUUUGCUAUCAAUUAUGGUGGAUCAUAGGGGCGGGGAUGACGACAACGAGACGCCUGAGAGUGAAUUUGAGCGCGAAGUGACAGAGGAAUUGCAACUCGGAGUAGUUCGGGCAUACAACAAUCGCCUCAGAGAGCGCCAGCGUCGUUACAAGAUAAUGAGGCAACACGGUCUCAUAAUGCCCAAUCGCAGCGUCAGCUGGAUUUCCAAGUACGUUCACGCUUUUAGCAGCAAUGCGAGUUGCAUGCGUUUCCUGGGCUUCAUGCAGAUCUGUCCUGACCCCAUUAAGUUCGAUAUGCUGCUGGAGUCACUGCGUUAUUGUCGGGAGCUGCAUAGCCAGCUGCACAAGCUAUACGAUCUGCGGGAGCACGGCGUUCGCACUCUUUUCGGAGCCAAACUAUAUGCCCGCCUGAGCAAAGAGCGUCAGCAGACUCAGAGAUAUUACAGCAGGCUGAAGCAAACAGAUGCUUUCGACUGGCAGCAAUUGGUGCAGCAUUACGAGAGCAACAGGAGCGGUGAUCCUGGGCCCCUGGCCAUUAACUCAAAGUUAUAUGUCAUGAACACGCGUCGAAAGGCUAGUCCCAUUGAGAUUGGAGGUGGGAAACACUUUACUCAUUGCCUGACAUCAACUUAUUGUAACUUUUCUUUGUUCGCAGAUCUUCCUGGUUAUUCCAAACUGGAUGAUGGCGAGCGAAAGUUGUGCAGUGUGGCUCGUCUGGUUCCGCAGUCGUACUUGGACUACAAGAACCAACUCGUUACGGAGCAAGCAAAGCUCGGAUAUCUACGACUGGCCGAUGCGCGACGCCUCAUCAAAAUUGACGUGAACAAAACGCGUCAGAUCUACGAUUUUCUGCUGGAACAUGGCCAUAUCAGUAGACCACCAUCCUAUGGCUAGGGCUAAUUUUUUCUCCAUGUUUCACUUAGUUCGAAAAUGCCGAGACGCUGCUGAUAUCGGAGGUGCACAUGCUUCUCGAUCACCGCAAGCGACAAAACGAAUCCGCCGACGAGGA